CCGCGCUCCAAUAGGCCGGCUGAUUCCGGUGAGACCGCUCGCUUCCCCAGGCACCUGUUGGCACCUGACAUUAUCGACGAGACCCAAAGCCGCACUGCUCCUGCCAGAGAAAGAGGAGCCAUGUACCUGCCCACAGUGACACCCAUCAUCCUGCUGCUCACCCUCCAAGCCUUCGGGGGCCGAGGAGACAACGUACAAGACAGCCCUCCACCAGGAUUACUCCCACUCCAGCUCAACGAUACCGGUGUAAAUGACACCACAAUGUCACGGCUGGAAAAGUUCAUGAAGGAAAGUGCUAAAAUCUGGGAUUCAAUGAACACCAAAGUGGACACACCCCUAAUCAACAAUACUACUGGGAUUGAACCACCUCUAUCCCCAAACAAUACUGGGAAUGAGAGGCUUCUAACGUCCAAUACUGCAGGAAUUAAUGUGUCCUUAACCUCCAAUAUCACUGUACCUGUACCUCUCAAUACCACAGUCACCAACACUUCCGAUAGUAACAAUACCAUGGUGGCAAAUACACCCCUUAGCAACAAUACCACAGACGCUAACACAUCCCAUAGUAACAAUACCAUGGUAACUGUCACACCCCUUAGCAACAAUAUCACAGUGACUGAUACACCCCUUAGCAACAAUACCAAUGUGACUGCCACGCCCACUAUAAGUAAUACUACAUUGAAUGCCACGCCCCCUUUCAGCAAUACUACAGUGAAUGCCACGCCCCCUUUCAGCAAUACUACAGUGGAUGCCACGCCCCCUAUCAGCAAUACUACAGUGGAUGCCACGCCCCCUAUCAGCAAUACUACAGUGGAUGCCACGCCCCCUAUCAGCAAUACCACUGUGGCUUCUACGACUCAUAUCAUCAACAUCAACACCACGACCCUCAGCACUAGCUACUCCCCUACACUAAACACCACUAUCCAAGUCGUCAAUUCCACAGCCAACUCGUCGCUUGGGGAUGACGCAGAGAAAGGGUUUUUCGCGACGCAGACGCAGCGCAGAGUCGUGUUCGGGGUCAUCAUUGGUGUGGUGCUGGCAGCGGCCAUUGUGGCGAUGAUCGUCUACGGCGUCCGGAACAGCAGGAGGGCUGGAGGCUUCUCACACCGCAAACUGAUUGAGGAUUCGCCCACGGAACCAGUUCUCCGAUUGGACCACAGCGAUCCUGUACCAAUGGACCACAUGGUCUACUACAGACCCUCCCACGAUGUUGACAGCAUUCAGAUGUCUACCUUUCCUCGGGGGCAGCAUCAUUGAACCACGGGUGGCAAGAGGUGCUGAGGAUGGAUUUAUUCAAUAUAAAUGUUCCUGGAGUACAAAUCACGCAAAACAAGCAAGAGACUGAUAUUGAGGACUUUUUAUUGCUUUAAGUGACGGUCUUUUCCUUUUACAUUCCUGAUGUGGUAAAAUGGUGUGUGACUUUAAAUGAUAAUGAACAAAAUACCAAAGAACAAUGGAAUGCUGUAGUUCUGCAUGUGCAUCUGAUACAGGAGGACUGCUGUAAGUGCCAUGUGACUCCAGAUGCCUGCUGGGAAGCUGUCCCUCACACACACACACACACACACACACACACACAGAUUAGGUACCUAUAUCUUUGUGGAGACUCUCCAUUGCUUUCUAUGGUCACAACCCUAAUCCCAAUUCAACAACCGUAACCCCUACC